AUGGUGAACUCAGACAAACAAGUCCAGAUCACAGCCCAAAAGUGCACGGGUGCGCUAUACAGCACUGCCCUGAAAAGCUGGCCCGGCGACGGCGACGCGAUCCGCGAUUCGACCCUCAAGAGAUACAGCUUCUCCAAGCAGCUCACGGUGCUCUUCUGUGGGGCUUGCUCGAGCCCGAUGUUCUUCGAAAUCCACAGCGGGCAGUAUCGUGAGUCCUACAGUACGCUGGGGGGCGAGUAUGGCGUUAUGACUGGGGCGUUGUCCAAUGAUGGCCCGGAUGGCCUGGUGAGGCUCGAGAACCACGUCUUCGUGGGUGACACCAAGGACGGAGGGGCAAGCAUGUGGAUGCGGCGACCCAACGGCGAUGGCGUGGAGGCGAGGAGGUGGAUGGGUCUACCUUCUAAAAGCGAGGAGGUUGCAUUCGACUGGCCAGGAGCGUCGAACUCAGUGGCUGAAAUCCAAAGCAACCUGGCUGCCGAAAUUCCCAUCCGCUGCCAUUGUGGCGGUGUCGACCUCGUUUUCCAGCGACGGAAGGCAGAGGAAGAGUUCAUGGCGAAGGCCAAGUCAGAGCUACCAUGGUUCGUCCAUCCAGAGACGAAGAAGCUCAUGGCUUCUGUCGACCCUUGCGACUCGUGCAGGCUGUCAGCUGGGGUGGAUUUCUGGACAUGGACGUUUGUCCUCAUCAGACACAUUGGCUUCGCGCCCAAUACGAACGGCAGCGAUAGCAUUUUCCCCGACGAUACAAAAGAUCUGAAGGCGGCUGUUGAAAAAGAGGGACCGGAUCGAGAUCCAAGGCUGGGUACGCUGUCAUGUUAUGCUAGCUCAAAAGACGUACAGCGAUACUUCUGCUCACGCUGCUCGGCCAGCGUGUUCUACGCCGUGGAUGACAGAACUGAUAUGAUGGACUUGGCAGUCGGUUUACUUGAUUCUGCGGAUGGCGCAAGAGCAGAGAGCCUGUUGAGUUGGUCAAUGGUCAGGACCCUGCCGAAGUUUGUAUGGAGGGAUGAUAUGUUGAACGGGUGGAGGAAACAUUGGCUCGAGUCGGUCGAGGAUGAAGCUGAGGAGUAUAGGAAGGCCAAGAGGUAG